AUGACGGCGACGGCGAGCAACAGGGCACAAGCCGUUUCGGCCCUCAAGCUGCAGCGGGAUCGCAGCGCCACGUACCAGCAAUGGACGUUGCUCUUCCACCGCGCCAUCACUGGUGACAUCACCGCCACGGAGCUGCAGCGCAACAUCCAAGGCAUUAUCCUGCCAGCGUUUCAGCGCAUCAGCACGCAGCUGCGCACGUUGCAGAAGGCGCUGACGGAGACGGAACAGCGGCAGAAUGGCCACCUCUCCCCCCACUCACCCACUGAAGCACCAGCGGGUCCAGCAGACAACAGGCAACAGACGAGCUCGGCGCUGUCAAUGUGGAUUGAUCGCUUGCAAGACCUGGAGCGCGAGCACUACACGGUGACGCUGAGCUUGGCGAACCAGCUAGUUGACCAUUGCACGCCAAACGUGUGUCUCGAGUCGGAGAGCGAGUCGUCGACAGCCGUGGAGGCAGGGAAAGAGGAAGGAGACACACCGGAGAACCGCGCGGGCGAGCCGGCGGACAUCAAGUCUCUCUUCAAGCCGGACAGCAGCGACGAUGAGCAGUACGAGUUGGUAGAGAGGCGCCCAAAUCACAUCGCGCACAGCCCUCCAGCGCCCUCCACCGCUGCCGCCUCUGCGCCUGCCCCAGCGCCUGCGGCGCCAACACUGCGCGUGCACGACGUGGAGCGCUGUAUCCUGCUACGGCUUAUCCCCCCGCGCUACCGCACACAUCUGUACUUUGUAACGUGCCGCGGCGCCAUGGACGACCUCGGCGGCUCUUCCGACCACUCAGCGAAUGGCGAUGAUGUCGAUGGCACAGAGGGGAGCACAUCACGCGUUGAGGAGGAGCUGGUCGCGCUGCCCUCCAAAGGCGCGCGCAGAGACGGUGCACCCACCCUUGCACACUAUGCGCCGUCUGCCGUGGCGUGCCGAUGUGCGGGCUGGUCAAGCGCCGUGGCGUCUAUCAUCCACCACCAGGAGUCGCUUCGCGCCGCCAUCGAAGAUUUAUGCGAAGAGUUGCAGGGUGAGAUCAGCGAUGAUGCGUGA